UUUAUUUUUUUAGGAGGAUUUGUUUAUUAUUAACCCUAAUUGUUCAUUCUGACCAUGGGUGACUUGACUUACUAUGUAUAUAUUAAUCAGUUUACUAAAACAGUUUACCAUUGGCUUUAAUGGUUCGAUUCGUUUAAAUUAAUUAAAUAAACAAUCAAAAUUUUGAACCCACUCUACUGUUGUUGUUGAAAAGAGAGAGAUAUAUCAGAGGUGAAGACAAUGGCGGAUGUAAUUACUUGCGGCGAAAGGGAAGUCAAGAACAAGGGAAAAGAUGUUGUAAUUAAUGUAACGGUGAUGGAAUCAAUCGAGAAAGAUUGUAAAAAGGUCCGUGGGUUGCCUUCCAAUUGUAGCAUGUACCGGGUUCCCAAGCCACAGUUCAAAAGAAAAUCAGAAGCUUACGUUCCUCGCUUGGUCUCCAUUGGCCCUUUUCACCACGACAAGAAACACUUGAAGCCCAUGGAAACACAUAAGUUGCGGUAUCUUAAUGAUUUUCUAUUUCGUAGCAAAUCUCGGGCAACAUUGAACGAUUAUGUUGAAGCUAUGAAAAUAUUGGAAGAAUCAACUCGGCAAUGUUACUCGGAAAUUUUCCAACAUUCUAAAGAAGAGUUUGUGAAAAUGAUGGUGAUUGAUGGUUGCUUCAUACUUGAACUCAUCCUCAAGACUAUUCACAAUGGAGAUCCCGAUGAUCUAGAUGCUCCAGAUGAGCCCGAUGAUCCAAUAAUGAAUGCAAAGUGGAUGCUCCAUGCUAUAAAGUACGAUCUGAUUCUACUAGAAAAUCAACUUCCCUUCUUUAAACGAUUCAAGGGAAAUUCUAAUGGACUUGACAUAACAGUCGAAAAAGGAGUGUUGAAAAUUCCAACCAUUACAAUUGAGGAUAGAACGGAGUCUCUACUUCGAAACCUCAUAGCCUUUGAACAGUCUAGAAUUGACUAUGAAAAUUACAUCACAGAUUAUGCUUUCUUCUUGGAUGGCCUCAUCAACUCUCCCACUGAUGUCGAGUUGCUUGAGAAAAAGGGAAUUAUUGGCAACUUGCUUGGUGAACCAACAGACGUGGCUGCCUUAUUUAACGGUCUACUCAAAGAGGUCACUCUAGGGACGGAUAGCUUCCACACUGUUCACCUCAAAUUGGAGAAACAUUACAAGAACCCAUGGCUCCAAUCCAAGGCAAUUUUGAGGCAGAAAUAUUUUAAUUCUCGAUGGGCAUCCAUUUCAAUCGGUGCUGCAUCACUUCUCCUCAUCUUGACGGUGGUACAGACCGUUUGUUCCAUUUUACAAGUCACAUGAUGUAGUUAGUUGUGUACGUAUGUAGGUAUCUAUGAUCCUCAUGGUGAAUAUUCGAUCAUUUGUAUGUUUAAUUAUUAGUACAGGCAUAAAUACUAUAUGUUUUAUGAUUUUUUUUUCUUUUCUAGUUUUAAGAGUAACUACGAUGUAAUAAUACCGUCUCACCUUCGAGAUGAGGAAUAAAAUCCUUUAUGGCUAUGUGUCGGGUGUUUAAAUUCUUUUAGAAAUAGACACUUUGCUUUGGCUUGGGAUC